AUGAAGGACCGACUGGCGCAGCUGAAGGAGAAGAGUGAUGCUGGAGGCGAUGAUGUUGAGAUUCCAGUGGAGAACGCGGCUUUUAUGGAUGAUUUCUUUGCUCAGAUUGAAGAUAUCCGUUCCAGCAUUGAUAAGAUUGACGUGAGUGUCACAGAAAUCAAAAAACUCUACUCCACCAUCCUGUCGGCUGCUUCAUCAGAACAGAAAACACAAGAUGACGUUGAAGCCCUCACCAAUGAGAUCAAGAAGUCGGCUAACAAUGCAAGGAACAAACUUAAGAGUAUUGAGCGCCAGCUUGAGUCAAACACAGAUGAAAAGGCUUCAGCCGACAACAGGAUACGCAAAUCACAGCAUGCUAUCCUGGCCAAGAAGUUUGUUGAGGUGAUGACAAAAUACAACGAGGCUCAAGUUGACUUCAGAGAUAAGACCAAAGGACGAAUCGCCCGACAGCUGGAGAUCACGGGGAAAGCAACAACUGAUGAGGAACUGGAAGAGAUGCUGGAGGGAGGCAACUCAGCUGUCUUCAGUGCCGGGAUCAUGGACUCUAAAAUCAACCAGCAGGCCCUGAAUGAGAUUGAGGCUCGUCACAAAGACAUCAUGAGGCUGGAAAGCAGCAUUAAAGAGCUCCAUGACAUGUUUGUUGAUAUCGCCGUGCUGGUUGAGAAUCAGGGUGGCAUGAUUGACAGAAUUGAGAGCAACAUGGACCAGUCAGUGGGCUUUGUAGAGAGGGCAGUGGCCGAUACCAAAAAGGCAGCCAAAUUCCAGCAGGAGGCACGCAGGAAACAAAUAAUGAUCUUCUGCUGCUGUGUGAUUUUGGCCUUGAUACUCGGUUCGUUUGUCUACAGCUUCUUCAAAUAG